AUGUCUCUGAAAAACGUGAAACACACCCUAAAUAAUGGAGCCAAUUUACCAGCAAUUGGGCUUGGAACCUGGUUGUUAAAAGGAAAGGGUGUCUCAAAAGCUAUGGAUAUGGCUCUAGAGGCUGGCUAUCGUCUUUUUGAUACUGCUACUAUGUAUGACAAUGAAAAAGAUAUUGGGGAUGCCUUGAAAGAACUUUUGCCAAAGCAUAACUUAACGAGGGAGGAUGUAUUUAUAACUACAAAAUUAUAUCCAUCUGAACAAGGAGAAAAAGCAUUUGAUGCAAUUCAAGAAUCAUUAAGAAAAUUAGAUAGUCAAUAUAUUGAUCUGUACCUGAUCCAUUGGCCUGGAACAUAUGGAGUCAGUUCUAGAAGUAAGCAAAACGCCAUCCUAAGAGAUCAGAGCUGGCAACAGAUGGUAAAAGCUGUAAACAUGGGUUUGAUAAAAAAUAUCGGAGUUUCAAAUUACACAGUAAAGCAUUUAAAGGAGUUAUUGAAUAACAAUCAUGGUAUAAAGCCAGUUGUAAAUCAGGUGGAGUGGCAUCCAUACUGUCAUCAAAAAGAACUGUACGAUUUUUGUAAAGCAGAAGGAAUUCAGUUGCAAGCUUACCAAUCGCUUGGAGGUGAAGGCCAAGGUUCUCUUUUAAACAAUUCCCAAAUUAAGAAGAUAGCCGAAAAGUUAGGAAAAACCGUAGCACAGAUCCUUCUUCGAUGGUCUAUACAGCAAGAUGUUGCCAUAAUACCAAAAUCAAAAACGAAAGAAAGAAUUAUAAGCAACAUGGAACUCGAUUUUACAAUUCCGGAAGAAGACAUGAAAAUACUGUUUGGUUUUAUUCAACAGAAGUUCGAUUGGGAUCCCGAAACAAUAUUAUAG